GAACAGCCUUUACCACGAGCCAAAGAGAAGGAAAAUGCAUUUACCUUGGUUAUAGAAAAGGCGGAUUGGGGUAGAUUAUUCAUGAGAAAAUCUAAGCACGUGAACAUAUUGUUCUGUACGGUGGUGCUUAUCAGUUCUUGCAUAGGUAACGCUAAUUGUUCCAUGAUCUACAUACUGAUAUGAAAUAUUAAAGACGUGUUCGUUAGAAAUCUAUGGAAUAAGUGGUAUUAAACAUAGAGUGAUCAGGAUUUUAUGAAAUUAAACAGAAAAUCAAAAGGAAGGAUUUUGCCAACAGAGUAACAGAUUGGCAGUUUAGUGAUAAUAACAAUUUAGUACAUUGACUGUAAUACUAAAAUGGAAUCGUGUCACCGGAUGGCAAAUGGAUAGCAAGUCUCAGAUUGCAUAACUGAAACAAUGACAAAGAAGGAGAAACGGAAAAAACAAAAACAAGAAAAGAAGAAAGAAACAGAAGAGAAGGAUGUCUCAAAUGAAACAAACAAAACUAAUGCUAGUGGGAAAAGUAAUAGUCGCAGUAGAUCAAGAGGCCGUCGAUCGUUGUCUUCAAUCUUCCGAAAGUCUAAUUCCAGAGCAGAAAGCAACGACACGUCUACACUUUUACAAAGUGGAGAUGCAAGUUUAUUUACAGAGACUGAACAAGUAAUCAAUCCACGCAUCAACCCACGUGGUCACUUACAACGUAUGACUGUACGCGAAGCAUUAGUUUAUGAUCGUCAUCGAGGCAGAUCACCUAAUCGUAGAACUAAAAAAUUAGAAAAGAAAAUUUUAGAAAAUGAGGCCCGUUUAUCAAGCGGUAACCUUUCUAUUUCUCUUCCACAUCUUCUUGAUCAAUUUCCAGAGGACCAAUCUGAAGAACCCGCAAAGCCAUCAACGUCUUAUGAAGCACGAGGCGGGUCUACAUUACCACGUGUUAAGAAAAGACGUGGUCAGUCAGAUGGUAGAGAUGCUCAAGAAUUCAGGCAAAGUGAUUUUCAAGGCUCAAACAUUUCCAGUAUACAUGAUAAACCUAUUCAAAUUCUCCCGUUAGAUAAACGAAAAUAUCUAAUUAACAAAAAUGCUGAUGGAACACAUAAUGUUGAAACAAGUAUUGAUUACGACAUACGAAACGAUACAAACAAAACGCAUUCCAAUAGAAAAGAACUUCAAAUUCCUGACGAACAAUCCGACAUUGAAAAGAGAAGGCACGACACAUAUAAUACAUUUCUUUCUCUGCGAGAAAAGAAACAUACACUAUCACAAGUACACAUCCCUACAGAAAACCAAAGUGAUGACAUGAAAAAUACAAAACCGGUUCAAAAUACGGUAAAUAGUUCACAAUCAACCCCUUACAGUUCAAAUUCACAAACAACGGAAACGUGUAAUCUGACAAGUAAAUUUGAAAAUGAAAAAACUUAUAAUAACCUUCAAGAUACCAAAGACGCUAUUGAGUCUCCAGAACAUGCCAACACAAUCAAUGCACAUAAACAAGCUUCUAUCAUUCCCGUCAAUGACAUCUCACCGCAUAAAGGUGAAAAGACGAAACGAUCGUCUUAUGUCUCACCCAGGCGUUUCAGUCGAUCGUCAAGGACAAGUGUGACUUCAAAUAGAUCUGAUACAAGCAACCGUUCAUUAUCUUCUGAACAUAAACCACAACAAAAGCCUACCGAACCCAUAAUAGGUCCAGUAAAGUAUCAUAGACAUUUUAGCAGAGAAAUUAGCAAAUCAAAAGUUCCAAGGGAAGACAAAGGCGAAGAGACUAAAUACCUUCAACAGAUGGUUGACGCAAGCACAAGUAUGGAGGAACUACCUUUUACAUCUGUAAUAGCGGAGAACACUAAUAAUUUAGAUAUUUCUAAUAUUAUAGGUACUGAAGACAAUGGGAAUGCCUUAAAUAACUCAGUAAGUGAACCAAAUAAUGUUGUUACAGAAAUGCACACUAAAGAUGAAAUUAAUCAAAGCUUGGAGAACGAGAACACAAUAUUCAAACAAGAGUGUUUGACCGAGCUUUCUGUUGAAGAACCUAUUGAAGAUAUAAAUAAGGUAUCAUCCCUACAACGCGAAGUUAUAGUUAUUGAUAACGAAUCAGAAAAGAACAUUCAAACCCAUGACCACGAAAGCAUGUUUAGACCUAUAAAAUCUGAUAGUGAUUUGUAUGUACAUCGAGGUCCUAUCGAAAAUGAUAGCAAAAUUCAUAAAUCACACCACGUAGGUUUUGAAAUAGGCGAGAUUGAGGUACUUUCGACGGAUAUUCUGAUAGAAAAUGGACAAAAUUCAGAGAAUAAUACAGAUCUUAACGUAGAUACUAGAAAAGUAAAACAUGAAAAAGAAGAUACGGACAACAAAAAAGAAACCGAACAUGAUAAAAUGGAAAAAGAAUGUAAAAAGUCUUGGUCAGGGAAAAGCAAAAAGGAAAAACGAAAAUCUAAAAAGAAAAAGGAAAAACUUAGGAAGGAAAGUGGGUGCAGCAAUAAAUCGAUUGAAUCUGCUGAAAGUAAAAAUUUACAAAUAAACGAAAAAGUCAUUACCACUGAGUCAUUAUCUAAAAUUGACAACGAUGAUGAGAAAAUUCUUACUCAAAAUUCUAAAGGUAAAAAACGAAAAAGCAUCCUGAAAAGACGAUCCAAGGAUAAGGGAACUAAAUCAAUAAAAGAUGCAGUUAAGCCUAUAACAAGGACAGCAUCUUUAAGUCAGUUUAUCGACAAGUGCGAAUCCGCAGAAAGAAGGAAAAGUGUAUCACUUUGCGACAAACGAUCAAGGUCUAUGGACGAUAUCACUAAAAACACUAAUAUUGAAAACAAGGCAUGUGAGCCAAAGGAAAAGGAAGAACCACCAAAACCUAUUCCUAAAGAUAGUAAAAGUGCGGAUGCAAAAGAUGUUAAGCAACCAAAACUUUCUAUUGCGGCAAUUGUUGCCAUAAGAGCUAAAAUAUCUCGUAUGAAAAGAGCAAAACAAGAACAAGCUAAGGCCAAAGUGCUUCAGGCAACUGAUGAAUCUGACUUAAAGAUAGAAGAUGUGUCCCAUACAGGAGAGGAUACCGAUAUGAGCGUGGCAAAAGUGUUUUAUGAAAAUGAGAUAAACACUAGCCUUGGGAAGUCUGAUACUUCUCUUUCACUCAUUGAAGAUGCGGACAAAGAGGUAAAAGAUCUUGUUUACGACAAACGAAUACAGUUUGCUCCUUUCUGCGACGAUACAAUAUCAGAAGAAGAAAUGAUAAAACAGCGUCAACGAAACACAAGGUUAACUUCAAGACGAGAAAGUAAAGUCAGACAACGGCAAAAGAAAGUAAUAAAUUGUUGUAAGAAAGGUAUUGCCUUCCUGUUUUCACAUAUAGGAUUAUGUUCACUUGUCGUGGGUUACUGUAUUUUAGGAGGAAUAAUAUUCAAAGCCUUAGAAGGCGAAAACGAAAUAGAACAAAAGAAAGAAAUAAAAGAGCUGCGGCAAAAUUUUACAGAGAAAAUUUAUAGGCUUGCUUUUGAAACAACAUUGACAAAAGGCAAUCGAGACAUCUUUAUGAUUGAAGUGAAUGCGAUAUUAAAGAACUUUUCUGUAAUGAUACAUAAACAGACAAAAGAAGCAGGUUGGGAUGGUAAAGAGGUGAAAAUGACUGUAAAUACAGACGGAGAAGAAUCGGUUGAACCUGAACCCGAGCAGUGGUCUUAUCCGAGCUCACUUCUGUAUGCCAUUACAGUUAUGACAACUAUAGGGUACGGUCACGUAGCGCCGAAGACAGACGAAGGUCGAAUUAUGACUAUAGCUUAUGCAGUAUUAGGAAUUCCAUUGACACUUCUGUGCCUCACAAAUAUUGGUGACCUCAUGGCACAUGGAUUCAGAUCGCUUUAUGGCAAGGUCUGCUGUGGUUUGUGUUGCAUAUUAUUCCGCCCUCGCAGACGCCGCCGUUUGGAUCCAGAAAAGGGGCUUUCAGGGGCCGAAGAACGCAUGAUAAUGCAAGAGAAUGAAAAAUCAGGAGAAGUAGUACAUGUACCUACCUCCGUGUGUCUGUUACUUAUGUCAUCAUAUAUCAUGCUUGGAACUUUGUUAUUCGCGGAAUGGGAAAAAUGGGAUUUGGUGACAGGGACUUACUUUUGUUUUAUUACUCUAAGUACUAUUGGAUUUGGAGAUGUUGUGCCAGGAAUGAGCCAAACAGACUGGGAUCAGCAGGAAAAAUUAGUGUCUUGUGCUUUAUACCUGGUAUUUGGCUUGUCUUUAAUCGCGAUGUGCUUCAAUUUAGUACAAGAAGAUGUGAAAGCUAAAUGUAAAUGGCUCGGUAUGAAACUUGGAAUUAUAGAUAAGCCUGUCAGUUCCGUGUAAAUCGUUCAUAGUUCUAUUUUAUCUCUUUAUUUACCACACACUUUGUUUUUAGAAGAAAGCAUGUGAUAUGAAUUAUAAAUUAAUUAUGGUGGAUAUAAUGCAUAAAUGCGCGCACGUGUACCAUGUUAUGUUACAUAGCAAUGAGGAAUUUCUCAUGGAAAACAUUCUUUCAUUUAAAUUCCUGAGCUUAAAAUCUAAUCACUCUCGUUAAUGCUCACUUGUGCAAUAAUGGUAAUAAUGUGAAAGAUUUAUGAUGUUAUGUUUUAUGAAUAGAUGUGAACCCUACUCAGUUAAUUCUGUAUUUGAAAUGCAUGAUCAGAAAAAAAGUGCUAGGUCGACUCAUGGUAACAUAAUCCGAAAGCGUUCUUUUGAAGUGGACUCGUAUUGUCUAUCGGCCAUUUGCAUUAAAUUGCGUAUUCCUCGUACUCAUUUUGGAUAUUGAAAAUAAUGUACUCGUAUGAGCUUAUUAUAUACUGCCGAAGAGCGGCGAAAUAGCAAAUGAGUAGAAAUAAUUAUUAUUACGAGUGCUGCUGCAAGGAAAAGAAAACAAACGGUAUCAGACAGUUGACUUUUUACAAAUAUAUCACUGUGAUCUUUAGCUAACCAACAUUAUACAUGUAGUAUUGAAGUUCAUUCAAGGGGGUAUCCUUGGCUCUGCAAGAUUAUUUUCAUCGAUAUAAUUAACCACAAUAACGGAUGUAUAUUAGUUAAAACAUACAUACAAUGGCGACAUGCAUAAAACUGACAUAGCUCUGUGUUCACAGAAAUAUAAAGAAUUUAUCAAGGAUUGUGUUUACUAUUUCAGUGUUUCAGGCAGGAAAACUUUGAUAUUUUGAUAACCCAAAAUGUGAUAAACGUUACUAGGACCCUUCAGGGUAGAUAAUGAUCACACUGCCUUAUUACAUAUAGAAAUAGGAUUUUUUCAUGUCUUUAGACUUUGCUUUUAUGAAUAAGAUAAGCAUAAACUAGUUUUGAACGUAUUCAGCGUAAAAUUAUAAAUUUUAGAUUGGUUGCGAUUUUAACUUUUUUCUGUAUGCGGAUACCCAUAUUUAACAAUAAGCGCCAGUCUGUCUUGUCCGGUAAUAUAAUUCAAAUCCUACUAAGAAAAUCUAUACUUUGAACAUGAAAAUAUGCUUUUAAAGGUACUGAUGAACCUGUUAGGAUUUUUUUUAAAUAGCUUUCUGAUUUCUUUUUGAAAUAGAAUAGGAAAUUGAAAACUUUUUAUGAUUUAAUACACGCAACAUCAAUACUGUUACUGACGUUAAAGUCACUGCCGCAUUUGAUCCACUUUAUGCUACUGACUGGACGAUAUUAUCAGAAAAUUCAAAAUAGAUAGCCAGUUAGAUCUUAUACAAUCUGCAUAUAAUUUGAAUCAAGCUAUAAUAUACAUAUCUUAAGCUGAUGUAAAUGUGUCCUUUCUAAGUUCGAAAAAAGAUGAAAUGAAGCAAACAAGGUUUAGGAAAAGGCAGUCAAAUCAGUUUGUAACUGGUAAGAAGGUUUAAAUAUGAUACUGUAUUGAACAUUCUUUACAUGACUGCGAUGCUCAUUCAAAGGACAAAUAUCCCCCAAGAAUAGCCACAACAACAAAACCCUUUAGAUGAGAAUGUAUAGAUAAAUGAUAGACUUUUACACGUAAAUAGAUAAAGGACAAACGUUAGACAAGCAAAUACAAAUUAAUCAAAUAAAGGAACACAGUAGGGCACCGCCUAAAACGGUUAUUUAUAUACAGUCAAUUGUCACAGAUCAUAAUGAAAAUAUCAGAUGUAGGACUAUAAUUUCACCUUAGGCAAAAGUACUAGCAGAAAGUAAUUGGUAUUAAUUGCCUUAAUUCCGUUCUUAAUUGCAUGCAUGUUUUAUUAUUUGUAUUGUUACGCAUUAGUAUGCAUGCUUAAUUAUUUGUAUUAUUACGCAUAACACGAAACCUUGUUUGUUUCAAUUCGUUAGCUAUAUUGUGCCAUUCAAGUUGCAAAUUAUAUUGUUGAGAGAGAGUGUAUAAUUGUAACGACAGUGAAACUAGGUUAAGAUCCAGCUGAUCAUUGGAGUUAUAAAUGACUGGGACAAACGGCUCCAUUGUCCUCUAUAUUAAUUUCGCUAAAACAUGUUACAGAAGUACUAAUGUAUAGUUGAAUAAAACGUUUUUGUCUUGAUUAAUAUAAAAUUUAUCAUAAACAUGUGUCUUGAUAUGCAGGUCCAUAUUAUCCUAUUCCAUUACAUCAUCCAUGCUUUAUAUGUGACAAUAUCUAUUCAUUUGGUCAACAAUUCAGGUAAUAUAAAAUCAUAUAGUAGUGUUGAUGAUUUAUAGUAGCGUAUAGCGAUUCAUAAAGCAAGGCCUGUCUAUUUCCAUGUAGAAAGUACGAACAAAAUAUAGAAAAACAAGUUUAUUUUCUUUACAUUCAUAGCUACAAUAAUAAAACUUGUCUGAUUAUUACUAAACAUAUACUAUUACCGGGAAGAAUUACAGCUUUAGCCUUUACCCUGGUAAAUUUCUAAAAUGGACUGGUCCAUCAUUCAAUUUGGGCAGUACCAUUUAUUAUUCGAAGGGGUGUUCAGGGAAAAAUUACUGACUGAAUAGCGACCAGUGCAGACCGAGAUGAGCCUGCAUGUACAGGUUCAUCCAUACAGGCUGAUCUUGGUCCGCACUGGUCACUAAG